AUGAUAUCAACCAGUCAUCUUGCUGAAGGGGCCAUUGAUGGCCGACAAGCCGUGGCGGAGGCUUCUAGCCGCCGCGUGGUUCCCAAGCCUGUUCCUGAAUCUCAAGUUCAAGAUCCCAGGAAAUAUCAGAUCGAGCAGCUCAAGCGGAGAUUUUCUGCACAACAAUCAAAUCUGCAAAAUCGGACCACCAACCUUUCCUUUCACCUAAAGCCUUCUGAUCCGGAUUUCCCUUUUGAGUUGGAUUAUCUUGAUUGCGAAGUCCAGGUACCCGCAUCGUACCCCAAAGGGCGACCGGUUCUUCGUGUGAAGAACAAAGAUAUCCCUCGUGGCUUCAGUGUCAAUAUUGAAAGAGGUUGGGACAAACUCGCUCGGGAGAAGGAAGGAGCUACACUUUUGGCUCUCACCAACGCAUUGGACAAGGACCUCGAGGCUCUACUUUCGGAGCAAAAGACCGAAACGGUGACUCUGGUAUCUUUCAAGGACACAAGGCAUCUGGAAACCUCAAGCACCGGACUCGAUGAUGACAUAGCCCCAGCUCAACCGGAGCCGUCGAAGCCCGUACCCGUGCCCGUUCACAAGCCUUACAAACCAGAAGAGUCAUUCACAAAGGAGGAGAUUGCACAGGCCAAAGCAAGGCGAGCCCAAGAGACAAGACAACUCGAAUCUCGCAUGGGACGCAUGGCUCAUUUCCAAAGGUCUCCAGACACUAUAGUAUACACCCUGCCUCUAGAAGCAAAACGCCGCACAGAACUACCUGUCGAGUUACAGGCUAUUCAAUCCGUUCAACUCAUUAUCCCUCUGCUCUAUCCCCUACAGCCGCUGAGGAUACUACUCAACGAUGUCGAGUCCAAGGAUGCCGAACUUUUGGAGGAGGCCUUUGCACGUAGGGCUGCCCAGCAGAACCAGAUGUCUCUGAUGAGUCACUUAAAUUACCUCACGCAGAAUAUGCAUACCCUGGCUAAGUCGGUUCAAGUUCUCGUCAAGUCUGCGCCCGUAGCCGGACCUAUCGAGGAUGCAACUGUGGACAAGGGAAAGAGCGUUGAAACCACGAAAGGCUUCAAGGAGGAUGGGGACGAAAAGAGACACGUACUAGUGAUACCCCGUCCUCCCGAGUGGACAAUGGUCGGCGGAUCCGACGAUUCCAACGAAUCUGAAUCUGAUGGAGACUAUUCCUGGGACUCUGGUGACGAAUCUGACGGCGGCGGAGUAGCAAUCACGAACAACAAUGUGGCAUCAGCCACCCCUCUGGCCGAGCGCGGCACGUCCAUAUCGUUCCCCUCUAUAGAACUGCACAGCAUCGAAUUACUCCAGGUUUCGCUCCUCAGCAUUAACGUCAAGUGUGAACGCUGCAGGACCAUCAACGAGGUUACCAGCUUGAGGCCGAAUGCGGAGAAAGAAAGUAGUUGCAAGAAAUGUGCCACAGCGUUAUCGGUCAAGUUUCGUCCAGAGAUGGUCCAUCAAAAUUCCAUACGGGCUGGGUUCAUCGACUGUUCUGGCUGUACCGUUGCCGAUAUGUUGCCAAGCACCUUCGUUCCCACUUGCGGGAGAUGUUCGACCUCAAGUCCCGGUCUGGUCUCAGUCAGAGGGGAGGUCACCACCAACGUCUGCCGAGAAUGCCAUGGAAAGUUCACAUUCAAGAUACCGGAGGUCAAGUUCCUCGCCAUUAGCCACGGUUCUGCACUGCCGCCAACGACAGGGCCCAAACGGCGCCUCGAGAAACUGGGUCUUCAUGCCGGAGAGCCGCUACCCGACCGGGGCGUUUGCUCACACUACAAGAAGUCAUACCGGUGGUUCAGGUUCUCCUGCUGCAGCAAAGUCUACACCUGCGACAAGUGUCACGACGAGCAAGAUGACCACCCGCACGAAUGGGCGAAUAGGAUGAUUUGCGGCUGGUGCAGCAGAGAGCAGAACUACGCAGUGGAAGCAUGUGGCUUCUGCGGCAGGAGCGUGAUUGGGAGAAAGGGUAGAGGUUUCUGGGAGGGCGGUAAGGGAACUAGAGACAGGACUAUGAUGAGUCGCAAAGACAAGAGGAAGUUCCGGCGGGUUGGGCCCGGAGAGGCGAAGAAGAAGGACUGA